CCUUCUAUGCAUGUAUACAAAUAAACAUGACAUAAUAAAAUGUUCCAGGGAAAUUCGACAUCUGUAACAAUUUUUUUCUUCGUGGGAUUUUCCCGCUACCCCAAAGUUGAGAUCAUCAUAUUUGUGCUGUGCUUGCUGAUGCACCUGCUCACCUUGCUGGGUAAUAUGAUUCUGAUCUCUAUCACCAUCCUGGAUUCCCACCUACACACACCCAUGUACUUCUUCCUCAGCAACCUCUCCUUUUUAGACAUCUGGUACACUUCUCCUGCUCUCACUCCAAUGCUGGCAAAUUUUGUUUCAGGGAGAAACACCAUCUCGUUCUCAGGCUGUGCUGCUCAGAUGUACGUCUCUCUUGCCAUGGGCUCCACUGAGUGUGUGCUCCUGUCCUUGACGGCAUAUGACCGGUAUGUGGCCAUCUGCAACCCCCUGAGAUACCCCAUCAUCAUGAACAAGAGGGUUUGUGUGCAGAUUGCAGCUGGCUGCUGCGUGACAGGCUGCCUCACUGCCCUGAUGGAAACAGUGUCUGUGCUGCAGUUGUCUCUGUGUGGUAAUAGCAUCAUCAAUCAUUUUGCUUGUGAAAUUCUGGCUGUCUUGAAACUGGUUUGUGUGGACACCUCCAAGGUGCAGUUAAUCAUGCUGGUGAUCAGCAUACUUCUUCUUCCUAUGUCAAUGCUCCUCAUUGGUAUCUCUUAUGCACUCAUUCUCUCCAAAAUCCUGAGAAUCAAUUCAGCAGAUGGUCGAAGCAAAGCCUUUUCAACAUGUGUAGCCCACCUGACUGUGGUGGUUUUGUUCUACGGGACGGCUCUCUCCAUGUACCUGAAGCCUUCGGCUGUAGAUUCACAGGAAAUAGAUAAAUUUAUGACUUUGGCAUAUGUUGCAUUAACCCCCAUGUUGAAUCCCAUCAUCUACAGUCUACGAAACAAACACGUGAAAGCAGCUGUGAAAAAAUUGCUGAUUAGAAAUCUUUUAGUCCUGUCUUAA